AUGCCGCACGCCUUGCUGACCGCUUACUACAACCAGAAGACCUCGGAGUAUAGCAGCAUUUAUUUGGACGACCCGUCUGGCAUUAUCACCGCCCAGCUACGCCGUAGUGAUUUCAAGGAACAAAAGCCAGGGUUGUCCGCCCGGAAGCUGUGCAUUUCCCCGAUGCAGGUGCUGAACAUUGCAGAAGAAUGCGGCUUUGAACUAAAGUCCGCACCGCCCCGACCAGGUGAUUACCACAUCUUAUAUUCUUAUUCGUGGCAGCUGCACAAACCGGUUGAGAAGAGC